UGGAAGAAAUGAAGAAAUUGUUUGGCAAAAUCCAACUGACUUUGUUGGAGCUGAACUGUGUCUUCUAAAACCCUAAAAACCUUCUUUUUCUCCCUCGCGUCUCCCUCACUCAACGCGACAAGUGCCCAUAACCAGUGAGAAAUGGCGACACUUCAGUUUCAGCCACAGCUUCAGCUGGCGAAACCCAACUCCUCUUCUUCAUCCUUCUCUGCCGUGUGCCUGCCUCCGCAGAGGCUAUGCUCUGCGCAUAGAAGUAAGCGGAGGGGAAGUACCACGUACAGGUCAAGGAGUUCGGGAUAUGGGAAUGUGAGCUGCUCCUUUUCUCAAAUGGAGAAUGCCAAGAUUAAGGUAGUGGGCGUCGGCGGUGGCGGCAACAAUGCCAUUAAUCGCAUGAUUGGCAGCGGCUUGCAGGGGGUCGAUUUCUAUGCGAUAAACACAGAUUCUCAAGCACUGUUGCAAUCUGCGGCCGAGAACCCAAUCCAAAUUGGAGAGCUUUUGACUCGUGGAUUAGGUACUGGUGGGAAUCCCCUCUUGGGAGAGCAGGCUGCAGAGGAAUCGAAAGAAGCUAUAGCCGAUGCUUUGAAAGGGUCUGAUCUUGUGUUCAUAACUGCUGGUAUGGGUGGUGGCACAGGAUCUGGUGCUGCUCCUGUUGUGGCUCAGAUAUCAAAGGAGGCAGGCUAUCUCACUGUUGGUGUAGUCACAUACCCUUUUAGUUUUGAAGGCCGGAAAAGAUCUUUGCAGGCAAGUUCUAUUUAUUUUUCCUGCGUUUAUCAUCUUGAUGAAGUCUUCAACAUGAUUGUUGAGUGAUGGAGGUAUUCCUCCUGUUUUAAUGCAAUCAUAGUGGCAAUGUUGAAUUUGCACUUGCAGGCAGUGGAAGCUCUAGAAAAAUUACAGAAGAAUGUUGAUACGCUGAUAGUGAUACCAAAUGACCGCUUACUUGACAUAGCUGAUGAGCAGACUGCACUUCAGGAUGCUUUCCUUCUUGCUGAUGAUGUCUUACGCCAAGGCGUUCAAGGAAUCUCUGAUAUUAUCACUAUACCUGGGCUGGUGAAUGUUGACUUUGCUGAUGUAAAGGCAGUGAUGAAAGAUUCUGGAACUGCAAUGCUUGGAGUUGGGGCUUCCUCUGGGAAAAACCGAGCAGAAGAAGCAGCUGAGCAGGCAACUCUGGCUCCUCUGUUGGGAUCGUCCAUCCAAUCGGCUACUGGAGUUGUUUACAAUAUAACUGGUGGAAAGGACAUAACGCUGCAAGAAGUGAACAGAGUAUCGCAGGUGGUGACAAGUUUGGCCGAUCCAUCUGCAAAUAUAAUAUUCGGUGCAGUGGUUGACGAACGCUUUAAUGGAGAGAUUCAUGUGACCAUCAUUGCAACUGGAUUCUCACAGUCGUUUCAGAAGACGCUUCUAACAGAUCCCAAGGCGGCCAAACUGCUUGACAAGAUGGCAGCAGGGAACCAAGAAACUAGCAAAGAAAACCCUCUUCCUCUCAAAGCUACUGCUGCUGCAACUUCGGCCACGGCUUCUCCAAGAAAGCUCUUCUUUUGAUCCUUUGAUUUUUCUCAAUUUCCUUCCUCUCCUCUCUUUCGGUUCAUUAUUGAGAUGGAGUGGUUUCCUGCUCCAAUGCAGCUGUGUAUUGAUUGUGAAGCUCCUCAAGUUGUAAAAUUUAAUUCUCUAUUCCAUGCUUGUUUUUAGUUACUUAAUUUAAGCUCUGGCAAAUAAUAGUAAGCUCCAGUAUCGACAUGAUAAUGGUUUAAAAAGGGGUUGAGGUUCGUUUACGUUCGGAUCUCGAAUUGUGGAUGAACUCAAGAAGUCAAGGACGGUAUCCAAGAAUCGGUACACAUUUCUACGAACAAUUUAUUGUGCUAUGAAACUAACCUUUUUUUGUGAGGUCAUACACAGACAAAUCAUGUUAAUCC